AUGGGUUGUGCUAAUUCCAAGCCAAAGGAGUGUCAACAUUGUCAUUGCAACACCCCUUAUUAUUCCUCUGUGCCUAGAAGCUUCUCAGUGCAUGUACAUCACCCCCCUCAAAGCAAAGGAGACAGUUACCAUGUUGUGGCACUGACAUCAACCACUCUAGGUUCUCUGGACCAGGUACCCCACAUCAACCAUGGCAAUGGUUUAAGGUUUCCGAGUGGCAAGGUCAUUGACAGUGACAGUUUCAGGCCCCAAAAUGAUGAUGAUGGUGAUGAUGAUGAGGAGGAGGAGGAGGAGGAAAAGGAAAAGGGAAAGGAGGAGAGUGAGGCAAAGACAUGGUCUGAAAUGAUUGAGCAAAUAUUACCAAAAGCAAUCCUCAAGACUCCAAUCUCAACACCACCUUGUGAGCCAGAAACUAUCAACACAUGGGAACUGAUGGAAGGCCUUGAAGACACAAGCCCUUUCAGAUCACCAAAGCACAUCAAGAGUUUCUCUUUUGAUGUCGAUAUCAAAGGCCAUGUUGAUGAUCCACCCAAGCCUUGUGAUUUCAUUGAGAAUUGCAAUGAUUCAGCCAAAUCAAUACGGCCACAGAAGAGUGAGGAGGAGGAAUCAAAAGGUUUUCAAAGUCUCAAGGCUGCAGCUUCAGAUUUUGAAGAUCCUAAAGUGGUUGCUGUUUCCUCAGCAGAUGAAUCAUCGCAAGAAAAGCAAAACAGCAUGGCUGCAAAGGGGUUUUCUAUUGAUGAAGAGAAGAAGAUCAGUGAUGAUGAUGCUGUGGUGGAUUUGAAGGCUACCCCAUUUAGGAAGGACAAGGUGGUGUUGUAUUUCACUAGCUUGCGUGGUGUGAGAAAGACUUAUGAGGAUUCAUGCCAUGUGAGGGUAAUUCUGAAGGGGUUAGGUGUGAGGGUGGAUGAGAGAGAUGUGUCAAUGCAUUCAGGGUUCAAGGAGGAGCUCAAAGAGCUAUUGGGUCAUGGCUAUGGUAAGAGCGGAUUAGGAUUGCCAAGGGUGUUUAUUGGGAGGAACUACAUCGGUGGAGCUGAGUACAUUCAACAACUACACGAAGAUGGGAAACUUGAGAAAUUGCUUGAUUGUUGUGAAAAGAUUGAAGACAUUGUUGAUGGCGAGGGAGUUUGUGAGGCAUGUGGGGAUAUAAGGUUUGUGCCUUGUGAAACCUGUUGUGGAAGUUGUAAAAUCUACUAUGAUGCUUAUGAUGAAGAAGAAGCAGAAGAUGAUGACAGUGAGGUGGGUGAGUAUGGAUUCCAGCGUUGCCCCCAUUGCAAUGAAAAUGGACUAAUCCGCUGCCCCAUUUGCUGCUACUAG